AUGGAUUCUAUAAUACGUGUUGAUACACCAGAGAUUGAUGGUACUGCUUUCGAUGGACCAUCUCGUUUACGUACUGAUAGUAUAACAAAAAGUACACCACCUGAUAGAAAAGAUAUUCGAUCAGCUGAUGUUAUUGAACCUGUUGUCAAGACAACGCAUGCAUCACCCGGUGAAUUUCAUGUAUUGUCUGUUUAUGAAGCAUUUGUUGCUGCAUUAAAAGAAUCUCAAAAUCCAAAAUCACCUAUUGGUACACAAAAUUAUAUAAAUGGUUAUCGAGAAUUAAUUAAAUUUUUUGAUCAACUUGGAUAUGUAUUUAAAUUUGUUAAAGACGAUGUUGUAGAAAAAUUAACUAUUCUACAAGAAUUUGUUGAUAAAGAUGCAAUUGAUACAAAACAUUUUGAUACAAUACAAAAAGCUAUUGAUUAUGAAACAGAAAAUAAUUUAAUUAAAACAAAUCCAAACAAUUUUGCUCGAACUUUAUUAAGGCUUCAUCGUGCUUUAAUAUUUAUUGAAGAAUUUCUUCGUGCUUUAAGUGAUCGACCAUUAUCUGAUAGUACCGCUACAAUUGCAAGCAAUGCUUAUGAUUCAACAUUAUACCAUCAUCAUGGUUUUUUUAUUCGUACAACAGUCAAAGUUGGAUUUCAUGCAUUGCCAUCACGUAAACAAUUAGAUGAAGUAAUUUUUCAUGGUCAUAAAUCGGAUAUGAUGGAUCAAUAUAAAAUAUUCAUAAAAACAAUCAAACAAAUUUAUGAUAUUAUCGAAGCGUAUUAUGCAGAAAAAAAUUAUUUACAAUUACCUUAA